AAGUUGAAUUAAUUUGGAGCGAUUUCUCGCAAAAUGUAAUCAUGCUAAUUGUUUAUUGCAACCAUAAAAACCAUUUAUUACCAUUUCUUACGGCAAUUCUUGAUGACAGACUUUCGAUGUGCAUUUUAACGAUUGGCACGAGUUUGUUUUGUUUGACGUGAAACCGGACACUAAUACUGAUUCUUGACCUAUAUAUUUAUUUUGACAGCAAUCUGUCAAGUGUAAUGUCGGGAAGUAUAUGGAGAAUAGAAGAACCCGAUCUAAUGAAAAUGAAACAAAUGAUAAAACUUGAAUUUAUAGUAUUAUAAUUUAAUCAAAAUUCGGCUAAACAUUGAAAAGCUAAUCAAGAUCAACUAUAACGUGCACAGGAAAAGCAGACUUAUUAUCGUCACAAUGCACCUAAAGACAGUCUCCCGAUGCACCUGUCUGACGAGGCUAUGCCCUAUCCGAGACCGGAGUCGCGAUCAACUGCAGAAUCCCGUCGGAAACGGCGUGGAAAUCUCCCGAAAGAAUCCGUACGGAUCUUGCUAAUGUGGCUGUAUGAGAACCGUUACAGUGCAUAUCCAUCUGAGAAAGAGAAAGCCAAAUUAGCUGAAGAUGCCAAACUCACUCAACUUCAAGUCAGCAACUGGUUCAUUAAUGCCCGCCGGCGCAUCCUACCUGAUAUCAUCCGCAAGGAGGGCCAUGAUCCUGUUAAUUACACUAUCACGCGGAAGAGUACUGUCAAUUUUUCCAGGUCUUUACCUACCUCCACUAUCACCAGCAGCAGAUCGAGUAGUCACAGUCGGUCCAUGGACUCCAACAGCAGCCUGAUAUCGUUGACUGACGACAGCGUCAUUAACGUAGACGUUGACAGCGAGGACUCUGACAACAGUACUACGUCCAUUGCUUCGUCUCAGGAGACCUGUUCUCUGAAACUGACCAGGCAGAGGACGCAUGAGCAAGAACUGCUCAUCCGGCCUCCCAAAACUGAUCUUCAGCGUACUGUGAUGCGUAGUCUGCCCUCUGUGAAUGGAGAGACGUCGCAUCCAAGUUCUUUUGAUAGCAACUCCAAGGCACUAUAUUCAUCAAAAGAGGACUCUUCAUGGACUUCCUCCAACGCUCUACCCUCUUCAGGUGAUAAUUCGCUUACUCGCCUUUACAUUUUGGUUAAUGUUGCUUGCAAAGUUCGAGACCAAGAACUCCGAGCAAAAUCUUCCAGUGUCGAUUUAUGAGAGGUUAUUUUCUUCACAGCUUUUGUUUCAUGGAGAGCAAACUUCAGAAACUUUCACAUGUCGGUUAUCUUUAGUUCACUCUUCCCAUUUUUUAAAGAUUUUAUUUCUUCUCCCAUAUUGGAAGUUCUUAUUAGUCAUAUUGUAUCUAAUUCAUAAUUUUAAGUUGGCAAAGUGUCUGGAGAGGUUGUUUUGAUGUAAAUAUAUUCAUACAUAACUCAAUACAUUUUUUUUUUUUCUUUCUUUCUCUUUUUUUUUUUUUUUUUUUUUUUAGGGAUUGCCCUCUUGUACCAAUUUUUAUAAUUUAAUCAUGGUACUUUUAUAAUUUGAUUGCGAGUGAUAUGAUUUCUGUAACUUUGAGAACGAGCAUACUGAACUCUUCUGCAAGUUGAGAAUAUUCGAGACCAGUUACGUCUGAAAUCUAGGGUUUUGGUCUACUAUGGACUUUAUUGCAUAACUUAAACCUUGAGACAUCUUUCAUCAAGAUAAUUUGGAUUUCUUUAGUAAAGAGAUGGAAAAUGAUUGAUUUUCGAACUCUUUUUGAAUUGUGGCUAUUUUUAUAUGCCAUGCACACUUUAUUUUUCAUUUAAUAUUAAAUCAAUUUUAAAAUGUUUUAGAAAAAAAAAAUUUUGAAUAGCCCUGGUUAACUUUAUUUUUUGUCGGUUUGACUUAAAAUAUAUGGGCUUUUACCUAUGUUGUCAAUGUUUGCUGAAAAAAUAAAUUCUAUCCACGGUUUACUGCUUAGGAAGAACAUGUUAUCUUAUUUCUACUCUAUUUCAUAUUCAUUCUUCUUAUUUCAUUAUUAGUAGUUCAAUACACUUAAAAAAACAAUACUCUGCAUAUUGAAAAUACUGGUUUUCAUAAUGAUGAAUACCCAUAUUAAGAUGUAAUUUGAAAUAGAUGCACCUGUGGGUAAUGAUGUUAAAGAGAUUUAAAAAUUUUCUUUUGCAUAAAUGACAGGGAAGGUGUCAUAAUAUUGUUACCUAAAGCUUGCUUUUUACGUUACAGUAAAAAACACUACUUUUAAAAAGUGAAUUCUUUUGCACAAUAAUGUUUUUCUUGUAUGUCUUUGUUCGCUUAUAAGCAGCAGCAGCAGCAGAUCGCCAGCUGUAAGUAAUAUGGGACUUGGGAGUUCAUUUAAAACUUUUUAUUUUUAAGGAUGGCAAAGGACUAUUAUUAUGGCAAAGAACAUCUGUAUCACUCCAGAAAUACUCUAUCUGAAUGUGUAUAUUAUAUAUUUAGGAUUUUUUUUAUCAGUGAAAUGAUGUUGUUAAUUUGCCAAUGCAAGGGCUUUCCCUUUUGCAAAUAAAAAUUAAUUUCCAUGAAUUGUUCAUGGCUAAAGAGACUAAAUUAUAUAUUAUUUAAAUAAAUAAAUAAAAAAAACAGUUAUUUUUCUAAAGUCUAAAAUCAAAAUGACUAUUUUCCCAGAAAAAUCCAUAGUUCUAAGUAUUAUAUCAUUCCUGUAUAUUGUCUUUUAAUAGGAACUAGGAUUUUUUUUUGUCACUUUUAUGGGUAUAAAUUGAUGCAUUUGUAGUUCAUCAUGCUCUUAAUUUGUUUAUUUUUAUAUGAAAAUCAAUGUUUUACAUAACAUGAAACAUUUUCUUUAUUAAUCCUGACACCAUUACUUUAGAUUUAAUGCCUUUUUGUGUGGAUGUUUUUUUUAAUUGCAUUUUUUUUUUCCUAAGUAAAACUGAAAUACUUUUUAAUAAAUUGUUCUAUCUUAUAUUUGGUUAUUCAAUUAGAAUUCAUAUCUUGAAUUGCAACCAGAUUUAUCAGUUUCUUCAUAAAUACCAUAAUCGUUAUUGGACUUUGUGCCUAAUAACAAUUUAAUACCUACUGUAUAUCUUGUCAUUGUUUUUAGCUGAGAGUGUCAUUGUCCUCAUUAGCUGAGAGUGAAAGCAUUUGUUUCAAGAUGCAAUUAUGUGUAAAUUUCCUUGUACGAAUUUUGUGUAAUUUUCCUUGUACAAAUAAAAUGCAACUGUGUGUACGAA